CGGGGGCGGAGCGGGUGGACCGGUUGCCAUGGCGGCGGACUGCGAGUCCGAGACCAGCGGCUUCAUGUCGGACUGUGAGCCGCCGCCGAACGCGGCCCACUCGGCGCGGGCAAUGGCGCAGUUCGCGGCGGGUCAGGCGGCGCAGGGCCGGCGGGUGGUGCUGGUGACGUCGGGAGGGACGAAGGUGCCGCUGGAGUCGCGGACCGUGCGCUUCCUGGACAACUUCAGCAGCGGGUGGCGCGGCGCCGCCUCCGCCGAAUAUUUCCUUGGCCUGGAGUACGCCGUCCUCUUCCUGCACCGCCACCGCUCGCUCUUCCCCUUCUCCCGCCGUUACUCCGCCAUCAACCUGCUGGACGCGCUGAGGGCCGAGCCCGAGCCCCGGGCCGGGGCCGGGGCCGGGGCCGGGGCCGAGCCCCGCUGGCGGGUGGAAGCGGACCAGGCCGUGCUGCCGGCCAUCGUGCCUGUGCUGCAGCGCUACCAGGCGGUGCGGGAGGCCGGGCUGCUGCUGGCCGUGGAGUUCAGCACUCUGUCCGACUACCUGUAUUUGCUGAGGGCGGCGGCCCAGGCGCUCAGCCCCAUCGGACCAAAAGCCAUGUUCUACCUCGCAGCUGCUGUGUCGGACUUCUUCAUUCCUGCCUCUGAGAUGCCAGAACACAAAAUCCAGUCAGGUGCUAGUCCUUUGCAGAUAACCAUGCGGAUGGUGCCAAAGAUGCUUUGUCCUCUGGUGAAGGACUGGGCCCCUCAGGCAUUUGUCACAUCUUUCAAACUGGAGACGGAUGCAUCACAGCUGGUGUGCCGGGCACGCAAGUCUCUGGAGACAUACCGACACCAGGUAGUGGUCGCCAACACUCUGGACACCCGGCGAGUGCAGGUCAUCAUUGUCACCAUGGACUGCCAGACUGAAUUAAAGCUGACUGAAAGCGAGGUCAAGGAGAACUCAGAAAUCGAGAAGAAGAUUGUGGAGCACCUGUGUAAAUGUCACACCAAUUUUAUAGAAAAAGGCAACAAUCUGGUGUAGAUGAGAAUAUAAUGUUUUGUGACAUAAAGGCCAGUAGAAUCAUGGUGAUUAACACUUGCAAAUGCGAAGACACUGAAAGGGAAACCAAUUAAUCAAAC